CUUGUCCUUUAAAGCUAUUAAAUCAAUCAAUGAAUCAAUUAAAUAGAUGAAAUUCCAAAUUUUUUUAACUCGUGCAAUCAUUUCAAUGAACUACAAACAAUGAGAAAUGAAUUCAGUAGUAGUCUGUUUCUAUAGUAACUAGAUGCAUAACAUUUGUUUUAUAAGUACCUUCAUAUUAAUGUUUUCAAAUACGCUAAGUACAUAAUACAUAAUUUAAAGCAAGUACCUGACAAUAUUUCUGGAGUUUACUUAGGGUAUCUCAUCUAACUUAAAUGGAGCCAUAUUUUCUUCAUCACAGAUAUCAAAAUCGGUUUCUUCCCUUCAACAUUAUGAUUAAGUACACGUUAAUUUUGGAUUUCUAAGAUUGUGUGUGAGUUAUCUACAAUAUCAUAUCUUUCUUAAAACGAAUUUAGGUUGUCAGUCGGCCUAGCUAGAAGGUUAGAUAAUAUGAAAAACGUAAUAACUUUAAUAGUUUAACAAACAAUUCUAUGUUUAUUAAGUGAUAUUACUCUUCAUUUCUUACUGUCGUAUAUUCUGAAGUAGACGUCUCAUAGAAAAUUUAUUGAAAGUAUAUUUGUAUUUAUUCAGAUAAACAUGACAAAGACAAAAAGACAAUCAAAUAAGACAACCAUCGAAGAGACUGAAGUCAGUAAUGAAGAAAAUGGAAUAGGAAAAGUUAUGCACACAAUAAAACCUGUAAUAAUAACGGAAUAUUUUUUCGGAAUCUUUAAAUGUCGUCUAGUGAAGGGACAAUUACUGCCGCCAAGCUGGAAAAUGAGAAUAUUUGCAAUCCUGUACAUGGCAACGUACGGCUCACUGUUUUUGAAAACUUAUUGCGAUCUAGUUAUGAUAAAUCAGAUGAGAGGUUGGCAAGAGUUUUCUGCCUUGGUGGUGUUAAGUCAAUAUGUAAUCACAUCAGUCUUGGCUGGUUUUCCCGUCUAUUCGGUGCCGUAUAUUCGCAUUUAUACAUUAUUUACGGAACUGGACAAGAUGCUGCAUGGAGAAACUCUGGACGUGUUUUAUAAACAAUCACGCGGUCGAACUUACUUAUACUUAUUCAUACUCUUUAUCUAUAAUGUUUUCAAUUUCCUUUUAGAUAUGUUCAGCGAAACUAACUAUACAUGGGCGUUCAUGAUAUUCCACGUAUAUUUGUUUCAAAAGUUAGUAGUUUUAUCGUUUUCCAAACAUAUCGAUAUGAUAACUUGUAGGCUGGAGGUGAUUAAUAGAAGUUUGAAAACGUUUGUUUUUGAACAAGAUGUUAGAAAGACCACAAUUUUCAUUAUGAGGAGUAGAAAGAAGGAAAUGAAAGACAAAAUGCAUUUUAUUGGACGGCCAUCGGAGGACAAUAUGAAAGUCCGAGACUUGGCCCGAAUGUAUAACAUUCUGGGAAAGAUUGGUUUUCUAAUUAACGAAGUUUACAACUUUCAUAUGUUCUUGAUUCUGAUAGCUGCCUUUGCGUACAUAAUAGUAACGAUUUGGACGGCGCUUUACAUUUAUCGAAGCCUUGAAUUUUCUGCGAAAGAUAUUGUCAAUCUUACUUUUUGGUGCAUCGGCGCGUUUAUCAACCCUGCAAUAUUUGCUUUGGUUUGCGAGAACCUACUUCGAGUGCGUAAUGAGACAAAGGUUUUUGUAAACAAAAUAAUAAUGAACUAUGAUCUGCCGAGGACCAUGAGGGUGCAGGCUAAAGUAUUCAUGGAGCUAAUCGAAGCUUGGCCGUUACGCAUUUAUGUUUAUGAUAUGUUUUCUGUAGAUAUAACAAUGAUAUUAAAGUUUAUAAGUGUUGGGACGACAUAUUUGAUCAUUAUUAUUCAAUUAUUUCAUUUGGUUUAAAUAUAUUUAUAGUAUAAUGGUCCAUCUGG